AUGGAGUACGGACAAACUUCUUCUCCUAAUUGUGAUCCACGGAGUGAGACUCCGAUGCAUGAUGUUGUUUCUAUGCUUUAUGACAUAAGCGAGAAGGUUACCAACUUAAGUGAGAAGGUUACCAAUAUUAGCAUACGGCAACACCAAACGGAUGCAAGGUUGAAUUCCAUGAUAGAGGAAUCUCACUUGAGGCAACAAGGAAAGGAGCGUAGUAUGACGCUUACUAAUUCCUCUACUACACCAUCUCCUUCACAAGUGCGACAAAUGCUUCAAAGGGGAAAUUUGCAACACAACCAACCCAACCAAAUACCACAAAACUUACCAAAGCGACCACUUUCACCAAAGGGACCUUAUUUUCCUCCACCAAACUACCGUCCACCUACCAACAACCAACACAAGCCACCAUUUAGACCUCAAGCACACAUACCCAUAAUACCACCACCCCAAAUGACCCAACCUAGACCACCAAUGAAUUUACCUCCCCAAUGUAUGCCUCAAGCACCACCAAGGAGGGACAAUCUCCCUCCUCCACCACCCAUACCACCUCAAGAGCCUCGAAUGAUUAACAACCCACUUUUUCAAUAUGAUCAUGAGACCACCUUGAAUGAGUUGGACAACAUCCAACAAGUUUUCCAUGAUAAAUAUAGGGGGAAUAAAGUGAACCAAAGGGGAAGAGGCCAAAUGAGUUUGAGAACGUCCUUGAAAAAUGCAAAGAGAAAAAGUAAGGAUGAGAGACAAAAGAUAGAGAGUAGUGAGGGAGAGAAAAGUGACAACUCUAGAGUGGAUAAAGGAGAGAAAGUAUGGAGUGAAGUGAGUGAGUUGUCACAAGAAAAGAGUGAAGAGCUUAAAAAGAAAAUGAGAGACAAGAAAGAAGGAAAACAAAAAGAGAGUGAAAUUUUUCCUUAUUCUAAUGCUAACAACCUUUCUUCUUUUCUAGUUGUUUUAUAUCUUGUGAAGGAACUUUUGGAG